AUGACUGUACGCAUGAACACAAAAUAUAUUGAAAUUGCUAUUCAAUGGCAGAUUAACAAGAUUUCCCCAUUAUUAACAGGAGAAACACUCUUGAGAACCUGGCUAAUCAUCUCUGUGGCCUCGGAAAAUACUCACGGUUUCCAAGGCCUGCUGCCGCCGCAGGUGAGUGGCGACCUGCUGGUACGACCUCCCCCCCUCGGCCUGCCUCUACUGAUAAAAAACCGUGACCUUAAAUACAGCAAGCCCACGUCACCAAGUCUGAGCUACCCGCACAACACUGAGAUCCCAAAGCAGUUCGCGUGUGAGAAGUGCGGGCGUACGUACGCAUCCACGGGGAACCUCAAGCGACACAAAAAGUACAAGUGUGGUGUGGAACCUCAAUUCUCCUGCCCAAUUUGCAAGAAAAAGAUUCAACACCGCCACACCGUCAAGAUUCACGUCUUCUCCACCCACCGAAACGAGGCGGGUGACAGCGGCCCCACCGACGCCUCGCGGGAUUCCCCUGCCCUCUUCCCGUCCACAGAGGGGCAUCCUACACAGAGUCCUAUUAGCUUACAAGAGAUCCUAUACCCUCCUAAGGACCCCUACUAA